UACUCUAAAAGGGGACUAGGGAGUCUGUGGCUUGGGAACGGGGAGUCUUGGGAGAGUGACUUGGGUUGGUCGGAGUUGCAUGCAGGACCGGGGUUCCUGAGCACCCCCCUCCUGGGACAGACACGCGAGAUGCCACCCUCGCCAAGGAAAUCUAUCAAGGAGCGCGAGCUGUUCUCCCUGACCUCAUCUCUACCAUGUUGCUCGUGGCUGAAGGUAGUUCUGUGCAGCCACAUGCGUAAUCUAUGGAUGGUGCUCAUGGCCCUCACUGUGCUCUGUGUGGCCAUCCAGAUCCUAGGAGUCGUCUGGCAAUCCAGGAAUGAUAAGAUGUUAAGCGAGAAGCUCCUGAAUGUGCAGUUCACCAUCAAGAUCCAGAGAACGCUCCCGACGGAGCAGAGGGACUGGGUACGCUUGCGCUCUUCACAUGCCCCUGUUGUAGAAGAGGAAAUGAGGUCACAGGAGGAAGGAGCUCUUAAACAACGGGCCAAAGGGAAGCAGAAGGUAGCAGAACAUCAACAUGGCAGAGAUGAGCUAGGAGUGGAGAGGCGUGUCCAGGAGCAUCACCAACAUCUAAAGCUCUCAUACACUGUCAAUAAGGUCAAAGACUCUAGGAAAGAGGCCAGGGGUAAAGUUUCAGCAGUAAAGGCAGCCCUGCCCAAAGGCACAAUGGGUGAUGAUGAGUUGCAUUUGGGGGUUCCUGGGUCUGUAGUUCUCCAGAUGGGCCACCCAUCUAUCAAAGUGGUAUCCACCUUACCUUACAAACCUCCCGAACUCCUCUCAACCAAUCAGCUGAAGAGUAGAAAGAGCCCUGCCCCUUUAGGCACCAACUCUGUAGUUGCCGGGGUGAUAAACGAGGUGAAAUCUGAGGUAGCCAGCGCCACCUGUUGGCCGAAGAACCACAUCGUCUUUCUCAAGACGCACAAAACGGCCAGCAGCACCAUCCUGAACAUCUUAUAUCGCUAUGGCGACAGCCGCAAUCUGACCUUCGCCCUUCCACUGAACAAGCACAGCCAGCUGUUCUAUCCCUUCUUCUUCGCCUCACACUUUGUAGAGGGAGUGAGGAGCCGCAGUGUCAAAGAGUUCAACAUCAUGUGCAACCACAUGAGGUUCAGACCACCAGAGGUGAGGAAAGUGAUGCCCCAGGACACGUUCUACUUCUCCAUCCUGAAGAACCCCGUUGCCAUGAUGGAGUCCAUUUUCAUCUACUACAAGAGCAUCCCCGCCUUCCACAAGGCCCGCAGCCUGGACGACUUCCUUGACAAUGGUUGGCGUAGUUACAACACCUCCCUGCCCAACAACCAUUAUGCCCGUAACAUCCUGACCUUUGACUUUGGCUUCGACAACAACGUCGCAACAGAGACACCCGGAGACCUGGAGACGCGGGGCGCCAAAGCCAUUGGCGCCAUUGAGCAGGACUUCCACCUCAUCCUCAUCUCAGAGUACUUUGACGAGUCCAUGAUCCUGCUCAAGCGCGCCCUCUGCUGGUCUCUGGACGAUGUCGUCUCCUUUAAGUUGAACAGCCGAAGCGAGCGCACACGGCACAUGCUCUCCCCGCACACCGCCGACAAGAUCAGAGCCUGGAAUGCCCUUGACUGGCAGCUCUACCUGCACUUUAACAUCACCUUUUGGCGACGCGUGGACGCUACUGUGGGGCGUGAGGAGAUGAGGCGGGAGGUGACUCGGCUGCAGGAGCGACGUGCCGAACUAGCCAAAACCUGCCUGAAAGAUGGUGGUGCAGUGGACCCGUCGCAGGUGAAGGAUGCCGGGCUGAAGCCCUUCCAGUACGGGGCGGCCAUCAUCCAGGGCUACAACCUGAACCCUGGGCUGGUCGGGCCCACCAAAACACACUGUCAGAACCUGAUCACUCCAGAGCUGCAGUACACAGACACUCUCUACACCAAGCAGUUCCCUGAGCUUGCCGCCAGGCAGAGACAGGCUGCCAAACUGGUCGCCUCACAGCGUCAGCCUAGUUCAGUUAAGGUCAACCCGAACAAAGCAGCCAUGACAGGGCCGGUGAGGGUGAGAGAGGCCAGACACAGUAGGACAGCCAGGAGUGGACAUAGAAACCCUCAUGCUCAGAAACAAAAUGACCUCCCCUCAAGUGCCCUGUCUAAAAUCACUGCAGCUAGAAGUGACAGAAACAUGCCUUAAGGGGGGGCUCUUUCAACACAGACUGGGGACUAGUGGGAAGAUCCACAGGAGCUCAUUGCUGCUGCGUACUGGGGUCUUUUUAAGCUGAACAGCCAAUGGCUAUGUUUUGUCUAUACAGUGAGGACCUUUCGCUGCACAUUAUGUUCACUCUGGCUGGCUGCAGUGCACAGGGCCAGUUGGCUGACUUUGGCGGCACUAGGAUAAGCUCUAGUGUUUCUGCCAAACGAUUCUGGACCUGUGUGGAUGGAGGGGAUGGAGUUGGGGGACGAGAGAAGGAAGAGUAGGAAAGAGAAGGAGAGUGCACCUGUGGUGACUGUCCUGCCUUGACUGGUUGGACUGGAAGUAGCCUUUUGUGGCACACAUCUCCUACACAUCUCCUAAACCCUAUCAUCUAAUAUUUCCCCUUGAUCUUGUUACACCCUGAGGUUUACAAUUUGAACCCUUGGGGUGUACAGUCGUAGUCAAAAGUUUUGAGAAUGACACAAAUAUUAAUUUUCACAAAGUCUGCUGCCUCAGUUUGUAUGAUGGCAAUUUGCAUAUACUCCAGAAUAUUAUGAAUAGUGAUCAGAUUAAUUGCAAUUAAUUGCAAAGUCUCUCUUAGCCAUGCAAAUGAACUGAAUCCCAAAAUUGAAUUCCCCCAAAAACAUGUCCACUGCAUUUCAGCCCUGCCACAAAAGGACCAACUGACAUCAUGUCAGUAAUUCUCUCGUUAGUGAGUGUUGAUGAGGACAAGGCUGGAGAUCACUCUAUCAUGCUGAUUGAGUUCGAAUAACAGACUGGAAGCUUCAAAAGGAGGGUGGUGCUUGGAAUUAUUGUUCUUCCUCUGUCAAUCAUGGUUACCUGCAAGGAAACACGUGCCAUCAUCAUUGCUUUGCACACAAAGGGCUUCACAAAGGGCUUUUGCCAGUACGAUUGCACCUAAAUCAACCAUUUAUUGGAUCAUCAAGAAUUUCAAGGAGAGCGGUUCAAAUGUUGUGAAGAAGGCUUCAGGGUGCCCAAGAAAGUCCAGCAAGUGCCAGGACCAUCUCCUAAAGUUGAUUCAGCUGCGGGAUCGAUGCACCACCAGUACAGAGCUUGCUCAGGAAUGGCAGCAGGCAGGUGUGAGUGCAUCUGCACGCACAGUGAGGCGAAGACUUUUGGAGGAUGGCCUGGUGUCAAGAAGGGCAGCAGAUAAGACACUUCUCUCCAGGAAAAACAUAAUAGACAGACUUAUAUUCUGCAAAAUGUACAGGGAUUGGACUGCUGAGGACUGGGGUAAUGUCGUUGUCUCUGAUGAAUCCCCUUUCCGAUUGUUUGGGGCAUCCGGAAAAAAGCUUGUCCGGAGAAGACAAGGUGAGCGCUACCAUCAGUCCUGUGUCAUGCCAACAGUAAAGCAUCCUGAGACCAUUCAUUUGUGGGGUUGCUUCUCAGACAAGGGAGUGGGCUCACUCACAAUUUUGCCUAAGAACACAGCCAUGAAUAAAGAAUGGUACCAACACAUCCUUCGAGAGCAACUUUUCCCAACCAUCCAGGAACAGUUUGGUGACGAACAAUGCCUUUUCCAGCAUGAUGGAGCACCUUGCCAUAAGGCAAAACUAAGUGGCUCGGGGAACAAAACAUCGAUAUUUUGGGUCCAUGGCCAGGAAACUCCCCAAACCUUAAUUUUUAAUUUUUAAAUUUUUAAUUUCACCUUUAUUUAACCAGGUAGGCUAGUUGAGAACAAGUUCUCAUUUGCAACUGCGACCUGGCCAAGAUAAAGCAUAGCAGUGUGAACAGACAACACAGAGUUACACAUGGAGUAAACAAUUAACAAGUCAAUAACACAGUAGAAAAAAAGGGGAGUCUAUAUACAAUGUGUGCAAAAGGCAUGAGGAGGUAGGCGAAUAAUUACAAUAUUGCAGAUUAACACUGGAGUGAUAAAUGAUCAGAUGAUCAUGUACAGGUAGAGAUAUUGGUGUGCAAAAGAGCAGAAAAGUAAAUAAAUAAAAACUGUGGGGAUGAGGUAGGUGAAAAUGGGUGGGCUGUUUACCAAUAGAUUAUGUACAGCUGCAGCGAUCGGUUAGCUGCUCAGAUAGCAGAUGUUUGAAGUUGGUGAGGGAGAUAAAAGUCUCCAACUUCAGCGAUUUUUGCAAUUCGUUCCAGUCACAGGCAGCAGAGUACUGGAACGAAAGGCGGCCGAAUGAGGUGUUGGCUUUAGGGAUGAUCAGUGAGAUACACCUGCUGGAGCGCGUGCUACGGAUGGGUGUUGCCAUCGUGACCAGUGAACUGAGAUAAGGCGGAGCUUUACCUAGCAUGGCCUUGUAGAUGACCUGGAGCCAGUGGGUCUGGCGACGAAUAUGUAGCGAGGGCCAACCGACUAGAGCAUACAAGUCGCAGUGGUGGGUAGUAUAAGGUGCUUUAGUGACAAAACGGAUGGCACUGUGAUAAACUGCAUCCAGGAGAGUUUGCAGUCUAGCCAGACACCUAGGUACUUAUAGGUGUCCACAUAUUCAAGGUCGGAACCAUCCAGUGUGGUGAUGCUAGUCGGGCAUGCGGGUGCAGGCAGCGAUCGGUUGAAAAGCAUGCAUUUGGUUUUACUAGCGUUUAAGAGCAGUUGGAGGCCACGGAAGGAGUGUUGUAUGGCAUUGAAGCUCGUUUGGAUCAGGGAAUCGCCCGCAGCAAGAGCAACAUCAUUGAUAUAUACAGAGAAAAGAGUCGGCCCGAGAAUUGAACCCUGUGGCACCCCCAUAGAGACUGCCAGAGGACCGGACAGCAUGCCCUCCGAUUUGACACACUGAACUAAUCCCAUUGGGAACUUGUGGUCAAUCCUCAAGAGGACAAACAAAAAUCCACAAAUUCUGACAAACUCCAAGCAUUGAUUAUGCAAGAAUGGGCUGCCAUCAGUCAGGAUGCGGCCCAGUUAAUUGACAGCAUGCCAGGGCGGAUUGCAGAGGCCUUGAAAAAGAAAGGUCAACACUGCAAAUAUUGACUCAUUGCAUCAACUUCAUGUAAUUGUCAGUAAAAGCCUUUGACACUUAUGAAAUGCUUGUAAUUAUACUUCAGUAUUCCAUAGUAACAUCUGACAAAAAUAUCUAGACACUGAAGCAGCAAACUUUGUGGAAAUUAAUAUUUGUGUCAUUCCCAAAACUUUUGGCCAUGACUGUACUAAGGUUUGAAUGGGACAUACUUGAUACCAUUGAUUAAAUUGAUUGGGGUUGGGUAAGACCUGCAGUACAGUCUGUCUGCUAACACCAAAAGACUAGCAAAUACCUCCACUUUACCAUGGGGUCUCUCAUUUAGACAGGACAUAUCUCAGGUCUCAUUUCUCUGAGUUGAUCUAAUCUUUACUCAGAGAUAAGGUGGCUCAAUCUGAUACCACCUAAAGAGAGCAAGGGCUUGUAACAUUCUGUAAUAAUAGAUUUGUACAUAAACUCAAAUGCAGACAGCAGAACAUUCCUAGAAUUGUAUCAUCCUUUUAGGUUAGUAACUAAGAGAGAUUGAGUUACUGAAGUUAUUCAGUAACUGAAAGACAUUCAGUAGGCCACUAUGGGAAAAAAUUCAGUUACCAAGACAUAACAAUGGAGCUCUCGAUUCUCACCGAGAUGGGAAUCACAUUAAAAUAUUGUAUUUCUUAGAAGAUCAAAUGAUUAGUCUCUUUAAAUUAAAGUGUGCUUUUACAGUUUUUUACAAUCACUUUGGCACUAAUUUCGGAACCUUGAUGUCAUUUUUCAAAACUCUAGACACAAAACUCACAACCAAUGGUCAAAAUGCUAAUUUUUCAAAACUCUUCAAAACACUUUUUACAAUUGCUUGGAUACAGUACACAUAAAGCUAACAGAAUUUGUUCAUUGAACUAAAAUCACCUGUUCAAUAUGACAUAACUUAACAUCAAAGUAUUACCAUUUCAAAAUGCAAUUCACACAUUACAUCUGAAAUGACUGUCUAUUCAUUUCAUUACAAUGAUCUAACUAUCAAUUGAUACAACUGCUCAAAAUGAUAAGUAACUGUUGCAUUACUCUAAAUGCAUAGUUUUAUGGAAACUGACGAACAAUAUUCCAUGUUUAGAUCAUGAAAGUUUCAGGAUAACGAGAUCCAUUGACACCAAUUACCGUGGAACAUGAACCAACUGGACUACAUUAUCUAUGGAUGUAAUAUUUAAUCAUCAUUCUUUAUCAGACCACGUUUCUAUGGUCCCAUGUACCACUUUUCCAGACCAUUACUGUACACUCACCGGCCACUUAUCUAGUACUGGGUAGGACCCCUUUUGCCUCCACAACAGCCUGAGUUAUUCACAGUGUUGUACGGUAAGAGAAGCCCUUCUGCACCUCUGUUUUAAACAGCUGUUAUUUGAGCAUUUGUGGCCUUUCUGUUAGCUUGAAUAAGUCUGGACAUUCUCCUCUGACCUCUCUCAUUAACAAGGUGUUUUGCCCACAGAACUGCCGCUCACUGAAUGUGUUUUGUUUAUCGCACCAUUCUCUGUAAACUCUAGAGACUGUGGUGCGUAAAAAUCCCAGGAAGGCAGUUGUUUCUGAGAUGCUGGAACCACCAUGUGUGGCAUCAACAAUCAUACCCACGGUCAGUUGCUUAGAUUACGCAUCUUGCCCGUUCUAAUGAUUGGUCGAACAACAUAUAAAGCUCUCUACUCAAUAUACUCUAUAUAUUGAGUUGCAGGCAGCCACAUGAUUCACUGUUCGAAUGUAACCUUCCUUGAUGAGCUAAAUCAGGUCUGUAGAGCUGAAGGUAUGACCUAUGUCAUUGUGUGGGAUAAUGUCAGGUUCCACCAUGCUCAAAUGGUGCAAGCAUGGUUUCAGGCCCAUCCACAAUUUACCACCCUGUACUUACCCCCAUACUCUCCUUUCCUUAACCCGAUUGAGGAAUUUUUCUCCACAUGGAGGUGGAAGGUAUAUGAUAGGCGCCCUCAUGAACAAGCCACCCUUCUCCAUUCCAUGGAUGACGCAUGCAAUGACAUCACGGAAGACCAGUGUCAGGCCUGGAUUCACCAGAAGAUUCUUCCCAAGAUGUUUGGCUAAUGAAAACAUCCAUUGUGAUGUGGAUGAGAACCUGUGGCCAAAUCCACAAGGCAGGGUUGAUGGAAAUAUAGAAGUACAGUAAUCAAUCUUUUGUUUUACAGUAAGCCAGGUGGGGAACACUGCAGUGAUGUUUUACAGUAAGCCAGGUGAGGAACACUGCAGUGAUCUUUUACAGUAAGCCAGGUGAGGAACACUGCAGUGAUGUUUUACAGUAAGCCAGGUGAGGAACACUGCAGUGAUGUUUUACAGUAAGCCAGGUGAGGAACACUGUAGUUGACCUUUAACUGUUUUUUCUUUUUUGUAGCGAAAUAUUUUUGCUUUGAUUCAAAGAAACCUAUGUUGGGAUUUUAUUGUAUUUCAUCAAUAAAUUUCAUAUUUUGUUCAGUGUCUGUAGUAUUCUCUCUACUAGUCCUUUGUGUAUAAGACAGUAGUUUUGGAAUUGUUAGUUAGAUUACUUGUUGGUUAUUACUGCAUUGUGGGAACUAGAAGCACAAGCAUUUCGCUACACUCGCAUUAACAUCUGCUAACCAUGUGUAUGUGACAAAUAAAAUUUGAUUUGAUGAUUUGAUUUGAUUUUUACAGUGAUGUAUUUAUGUGUAGUAGCAUAAUGAAACAUGUUUCACAUGUUUUGUACUAAAAUAUGGGGCAGGGUAGCCUAGUGGUUAGAGUGUUGGACUAGUAACCGGAAGGUUGCAAGUUCAAAACCCCGAGCUGACAAGGUACAAAUCUGUCGUUCUGCCCCUGAACAGGCAGUUAACCCACUGUUCAUAGGCCGUCAUAGAAAAUAAGAAUUUGUUCUUAACUGACUUACCUGGUUAAAUAAAGAUUUAAAAAAAAUAAUAAUAAUAUUGAAUGAUUGUACGAAAAACAAAACAGUGAAACUAUCAUCGGUAUCUUGUGUGUGGAUGAUCUAAAUGAAUGUUCCUAUGGUAUUUCAUGAUAAAUGAGUUAUUUGAACCUAUGAUUCUGUAAGUGCAAGGUUUCUUUAAAGAUAUGAAUGCACAAUGCAAUGUUUUGAAAAUUGGACAGCAUGUGCUACAAGUGAUGACCGUUAUGAGUUUUGUGUCUAGGGUUUUGAAAAAUUACCACAAGGUUCUGAAGUUAGUCCCAAAGUGAUUGUUAAAAACUGUAAAUCAUACUGCACUUUAGAGUAAAUAUAUAUGGGUUGUAAAGAAUUGAUCGUAAAAUGUAAAUGUAGAUUUGUAUUUAGAGAUGAUUUUGUGAUGUGAUUCCUUACAGCCUUAUUCUAAAAGUGAUUAUAUAAAAAGCUAAAAAAGGUUUUUAAAAUUUUUACAAAAUGUAUUACAAAAUAGAAAACAGAAAUACCUUAUUUAGAUAAGUAUUCAGACCCUUUGCUAUGAGACUCAAAAUUGAGUUCAGGUGCAUUCUGUUAACGAUCAUCCCUGAGAUGCUUCUACAACUUGAUUGGAGUCCACCUGUGGAAAAUUCAAUUGAUCGGACAUGAUUUGGAAAGGCACACACCUGUCUAUAUAAGGUCCGACAAUUGACAGUGCAGAUCACAGCAAAAACCAAGUGAUGAGGUCGAAUGGAUUGUCCGUAGAGCUCAAAGACAGGAUUAAAACGAGGCACAGAUCUGGGGAAGCUUACCAAUUUUUUUUGCUGCAUUGAUGGUCCCCAAGAACACAGUGGCCUCCAUCUUUCUUAAAUGGAAGAAGUUUGGAACCACCAAGACUCUUCCUGGAGCUGGCCGCUGUCCAAACUGAGAAAUUGGGGGAGAAGGGCCUUGGUCAGGGAGGUGACCAAGAACCUGAUGGUCACUCUGAGAAAGCUCUAUAGUUCAUCUGUGGAGAUUGAAAAACCUUCCAGAAGGACAACCAUCUCUGCAGUACUCCACCAAUCAGGCCUAUAUGGUAGAGUGGCCAGACGUAAGCCACUCCUCAGUAAAAGGCACAUGACAGCCCGCUUGGAGUUUGCCAAAAGGCACCUAAAGACUCUCAGACCAUGAGAAACAAGAUUCUCUGGUCUGAUGAAACCAAGAUUGAAGUCUUCGGCCUGAAUGCCAAGCAUCACGUCUGGAGGAUACCUGGCACCAUCCCUAUGGUGAAGCAUGGUGGUGGCAGCAUCAUGCUGUGGGGAUGUUUUUCAGCGGCAGGGACCGGGAGGCUAGUCAGGAUCGAGGCAAAGUUGAACAGAGCAAAGUACAGAGAGAUCCUUGAUGAAAAUCUGCUCCAGAGCACUCAGGACCUCAGACCUGGGCAAUGGUUCACCUUCCAACAGGACAACGACAGAGAAGAAUGGGAGAAACUCCCCAAAUACAGGUGUGUCAAGCUUGUAGCAUCAUACCCAAGAAGACUCAAGGCUGUAAUCACUGCCAAAGGUGCUUCAACAAAGUACACAGUGAAGGGUCUGAAAACUUAUGUAAAUGUGGUAUUUCAGUUUUUUUAUAUAAAAAAUGAGCAACAAUUUCUAAAAAACUGUUUUGCUUUGUCAUUAUGGGAUAUUGUGAGUAGAUUAAUCAGGGGAAAAAAUGAUUUAAUCAAUUUUAGAAUAAGGCUGUAAUGUAACAAAAUGUGGAAAAAGUCAAUGGGUCUGAAUACUUUCCGAAGGCACUAUGUUUAUUUUUCUCAUUGUUUUGAGCAGUGAUGUUGCCACUGACUCGGGAAGCACAGAUUUCAAAAUUGAAAUGGUCAAAUAAAAGGGUGAUGUAUUAUAACUGGUUCUUA